GUGACUUGCCUUUUGCUUCCUUGCUUUUAGCAUCAUGGCAACCGGUGGAUACAAUGAUGUGGAAAAGGUCAUUGUUGAGCAAGACCCAUUGCUCAACAUUGAUGUGGAAAAGGUCGCUGUUGAGCAAGACCCUUUGCUCAACAGUGAUGAAGAGAGUAGCAGUGAUUCUGGUCUCAGUGAUCGUGAUGGUGCAGAGUGGGAUCUCAACAAAGACACCGUGCUUUUGCAAACGAUCACAGAGAUGGAACAGAAGAAAGACAUUGUUGCCUUGGAGAAUGCAAUGAGUGUCGCAAACACCCGCGCCACCAAUGAGAUGAAGGUCUAUAUGCACAUCAAGGGCAUUGUGGAGAAGAUCAAGAAGCAGAACAAGGGCAACACCGACAAGAUCAAGGUCAUUUGCAACUAUGACAAAAAGGACUACAAGGUCAUGGUUGAACCAGAUGGCACAUACAAGUCAAUUCGUGAGACUUGGUGGAUGAACCACACCAAGGCUUUGAAGGACUACGGCUUCACUAAGGGCACUUUGGUGACACAGUGCUUCAUCAAAGGCGAGUUCAACAACAAGGAUUUGUCAGAGACGCUCAAUCACUUCUUGGGGCAUCAAGGAGGACAGCAUCAUCUACUUCACCGACCUCACCGAGAAGGAGCUCAACUACAAGAACAUCGCAAAGGCGGAGAAGCAGUCGGCGAAGGUCUUGAAGACCAAGGCGAAAUCUUCAUCGUCAUCUACCACAAAGUGAGAGAUUUUAGGAUCGUGAGACGCUUUCAAGUAAGUCCAUCAUGAUAACAUACACAUCUACAUUUGAUGCUUGAUUUGCUUGAUGGCAUUGAAAGGCACAAGACGAUGUCUGACUAUGG